AUGCCCAGUUUCGACGAAGCCUGCUUCAAAUUCCCUGAUAAAACCCCCGUCGCCCAAAUGACCAUCGCGCAAUGCAAUGAAGAGAAAGCAAAAAACACAAAACAAAUCGCAAGACUCACAAGCAACCUCACUAAUCAACCACCCGCCCUUGAUAACGUCACCGACCCAAACGUAUUGUUGAGAGCAAAGAUCGAUGAACUUAAAGCUCGAGAAAAAGAACUCGAUAACCGAAUCACAACGGCGAAUAAGUGGAGUGAUGCUGUCUUUGGAGGGAAUGCGGGGGCAUAA